ACGCCCUACUUUGACAAAUUAAAUUCCUGUUAAAACCACAUAUAUUCAAUCGGUUUGAAACGCCAAGAUUUGCCCCGAGUAUGCCCCACGGCAAGCCAAUGCUUAAUUGCUUUUUCCCUACCUGCUUUUCCGUGAAUUUCCGAAUAUAAGUUAGCUAAACGAAUGCUGCUGGCAACGCUGCCCUCUCGCUCACGCACGCACACACUCCACUCUCUGUCGGUGUCGGUGUCGCCGCCGCCGCCUGUCAAUUCUCGCUCUGCCUUGUCGGUUGUCGGUGUAUUUUUAAUCGCUUUUCUCGCCCAAGAAUAUUAAAGAAAGGAGAGGCGAACCACAACGCGCAGUCAAAUCUAUGAGUUAUUGUUUAUAUAAUAAAAUGGAAAUCCAAGUAAACCCAGCACUAUUUUAAUUUCGACAGAGCUGGAAAAAAACGCACAUAAAUACGAAACCCUCUCAGUCAUAUGUAUGUAUGCUGUGCGUGUGUGUGUGUGUGGUGCAUUCAAGGCUGAUAAAACAACACAAAAAAAAUAACAGAGCAAGUGACUAACUAAAAGGCGACAAACACAAAACUUCGCGCUAUCCAUUACGCACGGGGAUCAACAACAACAAUAAAAAAUGGAAGCAGUUGCCAAACACGAUUUCUCCGCGACGGCCGACGAUGAGCUCAGUUUUCGCAAAACUCAAAUCCUAAAGAUAUUAAACAUGGAAGACGAUUCAAAUUGGUAUCGUGCCGAAUUGGAUGGAAAAGAAGGUCUCAUACCAAGCAAUUACAUAGAAAUGAAAAAUCACGAUUGGUACUAUGGACGCAUCACACGUGCCGAUGCCGAGAAGCUGCUAUCGAAUAAACAUGAAGGUGCAUUCUUGAUACGCAUCAGCGAAUCCAGUCCCGGCGAUUUCUCCCUAUCAGUCAAAUGCCCCGAUGGUGUGCAACAUUUUAAAGUUCUGCGCGAUGCCCAAAGCAAGUUCUUCCUUUGGGUGGUGAAAUUCAACUCCCUCAACGAACUGGUGGAAUACCAUCGGACGGCGAGCGUGUCACGGUCACAGGAUGUCAAAUUGCGAGACAUGAUACCUGAAGAGAUGCUCGUGCAGGCGCUGUACGACUUUGUGCCACAGGAAUCCGGGGAAUUGGACUUCAGACGCGGCGAUGUCAUCACCGUGACAGACCGAUCCGACGAGAACUGGUGGAACGGUGAGAUUGGCAAUAGGAAAGGAAUCUUCCCAGCCACUUAUGUGACGCCAUAUCAUUCGUAAUAAGAUAAAUAUCUAAAGGACACACACAGCCACACACAACACACAACAACCGCACCCUACUCCCCCCACACACACACAAACAUAAACGAAGCAAAACAGGAGCAACAACAACAAAUAACUAAACACAAAUUUUUAAAUAUUUAUAUACAAGAAAUGAGAUGAAUGGAGCUCGUAGAUCGCGUAUACGACACUCUAAGCAUACAUUAUAUGUAUAAGCCGAAUGCAUUUUUUACAUUUUGACGUUUUUUGAUACUACAUAGAAGAAAAUGAGAAAAGAAAACACACAAGCAGAACACAAUAGUAGUAUGUAUCCGAAGCAUCCACUUACUACACUUGUAACCAAAUAUAUAUAUUUAUGUGUAUAUAGAGCUGCGGUCAAGAUGAGAGAGCAUAAGACAGACGUUAGUUUUAUAGUCCGCCGACCAGACCAGACCAGACCCUAAACCCCUAAUAAUUAGACAGUUUCCCCUGUUAAGGAGAGAUUGGAGAGGAGUGCCAACACUUGGACCGCAACGAUAUGCACAUACGAAUAUAUAUUUGUAGAAUAACAACACGGAACAGAAUAUGACGAUGACGUUGGCACUAUUAUUAUUGUAAACGAAACGAUUUUUGAUAUAAAUAUACUAUAUACAUAUAACUUAAGAUCGAUAGAGAUGAAUAUUUGUGUCCUGUGCUUCGCAGCGAGUGUGUAGCUCCUUAGUUUAUUCGAUGCUCGAGGGCGAAGGAGUAGUAGAAGGGAGAGCAAACACUUUAAUUAAUUAUGAUAACAAAUUACCAACAACAAACCCAAACUAUUGCUUAACAAAUUUAUAGAAAAAACAAAAACAAAUUCACUAUGAAAACAAACAAACUUUUGCCUAAAUGUCUCAACAAAACUGAAGACAAUUAAAACAAAAUUUAUAUUAUAUUAUCAUAAAUGAUUACCAAGUAAAUUAAAUUAAUUUUUGCAUCGCUGGUUACUAUAUAUAUAUAUACAUAUAUGUACGAUACACAUACACACACACACACUUACGAUCGUAUAUACAUUCAUAAUGCAAAUCGAACGAUAUUAUAAGCCACACAACAUGCACUUCUCGCGGCUUUAUAACUCAAAAUUGUGUCAAAUUUUGUGUCCCGUCCCCCACACUUCCAAAUUGAAAAUUGUCUAGAAUUUGUUUGCUUUUUGGUCGGCCGCUGACCAGACCACCAACUCGAUUAUAUGUUUUAACAAAUUAUAAAAAAUUGAAGCGAAAAAUGUGUGACAUGUGUAUAAAGUUUGAAACUGCUUGCUAUAUUACAUUGUGCUAUAAAUUA